AAAUAUCAACACUGGGGUGGGGCAGGGUGAGAGAACUGACUCUUGGGACAAUUGAGUUAUGCUGGAGAUUUCUUCUCGCUUCAUAGAGAGCCCUGAUCCUCUCCGAACCCUUUCUGUUUCCUUGCUUUGAGUUUGAACAUGGAGAACAGAGUUUCGGCUGACAUGUAAGGGGCUAGAGAUAGAUGGGCAUUGCUUGGGGGUACUGAGAGGCCACUGAAUACAACCCCUUCAUUUUACAGAGACCCAACAUGUUUUAGAGGAAUUCUGGAAUGUAACUGGGUCUAGGACGUGCCACUUGUAGCCAUGGAAACUGUUGUGAUUGUCGCCAUUGGUGUUCUAGCCACCAUUUUUUUGGCCUCAUUUGUGGCCUUGGUUGUAGUUUGCAGACAACGAUACUGUCGACCCCGAGACCUACUGCAGCAUUAUGACUCCAAACCAAUCGUGGACCUAAUCGGUGCAAUGGAGACUCAAUCAGAACCUUCGGAGUUAGAACUGGACGACGUUGUCAUCACCAACCCCCACAUUGAGGCCAUUCUAGAGAAUGAAGAUUGGAUUGAGGAUGCUUCGGGUCUCGUAUCUCAUUGCAUUGCUAUUCUGAAGAUCUGCCACACUCUGACAGAAAAACUUGUUGCCAUGACGAUGGGCUCAGGGGCAAAGAUGAAGACUUCUGCCAGUGUCAGUGACAUCAUUGUAGUGGCCAAGCGGAUCAGUCCCAGAGUGGAUGAUGUUGUGAGAUCAAUGUAUCCUCCACUGGACCCUAAGCUGCUGGAUGCCCGCACAACUGCCCUCCUUCUGUCUGUCAGUCAUCUGGUACUGGUGACCAGGAAUGCCUGCCACCUGACUGGGGGUCUGGAUUGGAUUGAUCAGUCACUGUCAGCAGCUGAGGAGCACAUGGAAGUCCUCCGGGAAGCAGCUUUGGCUUCAGAGCCAGAGAGGGGUCUCCUGGGUGCUGAGGGCUUUCUACAGGAGCAGUCUGCCAUCUAGCUAUGGCUGGCCACCACAUGGAGGCAGACUUCUGGUCCUCCAUUGAUUUUUUUUUUCCCUAUAGGAUUGUUUGGCUUGUCUCUCUCUCAAGUGCAGCUAUUUGUGCAUAGAUGAGUAGGGCAGCAGUGGCUGGCUGGCCACAGGGGGGCAGACCUCUGGCACGCCUUUGAAUCUUCUGUGUUUUUGUUUUUCCCCCUAUAGGAUUAGUUUGUCCAUCUUUCAAGUGUAGCUCUUUAUGCACAGAUGAUUAAGGUAUCUCAUGGCAUCUCUGCCAUAGCAACCGUUGGUGGCCAUUGGUCCCUCUGUCUGAAAUUUGCUAUUGUGCUUAGGAGUUGAGGGUUGGAAGUGAUCAUUUUUGCUUACACGCUGGACACACUGCUACCAUCUGGAAUGACACACCAUGGCAACGGCUUUGUUGUCUGGACAAUUAGAUCUAGUUAAUGGAGUUUCAUUAAUUUUAACACAUAAUUCUAGAAAUAUGGAAAGAGGGGCCCCUUCCUCUUCUGAUAAGUUUGGCAACGAUGGAAGGAUAAGUUGCUGGGAGUCAUUGGGCUGUAGGGGUCUUGGAAUCAAAACUCCAAGGGCUUGAUGUUUCAAGGACAUAUGAUGGAGAAUUAGCAUAGUAAAGUCCCCCAUCUAAGUCCCCCCUCUAAUAACAGCAGACUGGGUGACUCUGGGAAGGUCACUUAACAUCUCACUGCCCUACACAGUUUCUAAGAUUAGAAAUUGCAGAGCAGUUUCCAACCAGCUUUGGUGGAGGGAAUUUCCUUGCAGGGAGUCUCCUAUACCAGUGAAAGAGGGAAAGGAAUAAAGAAUUUAUUAAAUAUCUACUAUAUGCUAAGCAGGCACUCUGCUAAGGAAUUCACCAAGAAAAUCAUAGGUUCAGUUAAAAAACUUUAUUCAAAACCACUAAAAUGAUAUCUAUGUGUGUGUGUGUCCCUUAUCUUCUGUCUUAGAAUCCAUAUAAGAAUCAGUUCCAAGACAGAAGAUCAGUAAGAACUAGGUAAUUGGAGUUAAGUGACUUACCUAGGGUCCCAUAGCUAGAAAGUGAAUGAAUUCAGAUUUGAACCCAAGACCUCCUGAUUCCAGUCCUGGCACUCCAUCCACCGAGUCACCUUGAUGCCCUCCCAAAAUAUAUAUGUUAAAGCUGAGGUUCUGACUGCUUUAUCUCUAUUCAGAAAUCAAGGUGAAGUUAUAGUGGGCUGAAUUGCAUUGCCUUUCCAGGACUGUUUCCUUCUUUGUAAUGUGAGAGGAACUGUACUAGAUGGGUUCUAGAUUCCCUUUUUAGCUCAAAAUCAGUUGUCCUGUAAAUCACUUAACCUUCCUGAAUCUCCAUUUCCUUAUCUGUAAGAUCAAGAUGUUGGACUAGAGGAAUUCUGUCUGUUCCUAGAUCUACAAUCCUACCAGUCACUGAGCCUCCCUGGACCUUGGUUUCUUCUUUAAAUGGAAAGGGCUAGAUCAGGUAGUCUUGGAGGUUCUUUCCAGUUUUAAAUCUGGAUACUGGUUAGAUACAUUUCUAAAGCAUUUGCCACAAUUGUUGAGAUAUGUUUGAUGAAUAAAAAAGGAUAAGUUGGUGUGAGGUGGGUGAGUGGGGACUUCUCCUUCAUCGAGUCUUAGGGGUCACAUCUAGUCAUCUAUGUAAUCCAAACCAGCAAGUUACCCAGAUUCCUAUUGGGGAGCUAGGCAUCAGGGAAGGAAGGAUAGAUUUCAGUAUACACAGAGCCAGGGGAGGCCUUCGAAGCUCAGAAGAGACCCGUAUUACCUUGCGUUCCUGAAACUCAGAGUAAGUGGGAUCAGCUCAUGGUGGUAAGUUGGCCAGUUGGUCCAGGGGAAAUAGUAAUAUUAGUUUGGAUGGGGCACCCUUUCCGUUACUUCACAUUUAGGCACCUAGAUCACACUUUAUUUGUUCACUCUGUCAAAGUUUACUCUUAGGAAAGCAUCUGAACUCAUUCUAACUUCAGUAUAAAUGAUUGCUAUCAGAUAUACCAGGGACAUCUUAUCUUCAUUUCAAAAGAGAUAAGAUCCUGAAACUAAGAAAAUUCUGACAUGGAAUUUUAGUAUUCAGCCAGUUAAUGGGGGUGUGUGGCUUUCCAGUGGCCCCCCAAAUCAUACCACGGCACCCAAGCAUCAUACCUGUGUCAUCCGCUUAUAAAGUCCCGAGUACCAGUAUGGUCAGACCCAUAUUGGCUCACAACUGGAAUGGCCCAUAUUUCUUCAGAUACGUUGGACCUCACUGGCCCAGAUGUUGCUUACUUAUGCUCCUUGCUGCUAAGUAGCUUUGCCUUCAUUUUCUAUGUUAAACAGGUAGAAAUCUCUCAGUAAAAUGGAUAUUUGGAAAUGAAAGGUGAGAACUGAAGUCCCUGGACUCUCCUAUGCAGGUCCAUUGGGAAGUGGAUUCAAAAAAAUCCCUUCUUGUGGCAGAGAUGUAUUUGCCCACGAAGGCACCAAUUUCCUGGAGACAAUGUUCCUCCUUGGGAGCAUCUGGGUUUACCAGCUUAAGGGAGGAGAGGGAAAGGUUUUACGCUAAGUUCCCAACUCCAUGGCUGUUCAUCCAGAGACCUGGGUUCUAGCCUUGGCCCUACCCUGCUGUUUGACCUUGUGUGGAACACUUUAUUUCUUCAGUUUCUCCCUCUGUAAAAUAAAAAGUCUGGCCUAGAAAGUUA